GAAGAUCCUAGAACUCACCAACAAGAUGAUUGAGCUGCUGACUGGAGAGGUUCCUAUAAGAUUUCAGGACGUCACCAUCUAUUUCUCCAUGGAGGAGUGGGAGUAUUUAGAAGAACACAAGGAUAUGUACAAGAACAUCAUGAUGGAGGACCGGUUGCCCCUUACACCACCAGUUAAGGAAGAAAGAAGAACACCGGAGAGCUGUCCCAGUCCUCUUCUCCCACAGGAUGAUUUUGAAGAACAUCACAAUGUCCCACAGGAUGAUCAGCUUGUGAAUCUGGGUGAAGAUCUGAACAAUAUUAAUACUACAGAGACAUAUGUGAGGGGUGAUGAGCAGAGUACAGAGGACAUUCCUACAGAUAACCGCCCAGAUGACUAUACCACGAACUCAGAGAGACAUCAUGCCAGUAUCCAAGAAAUAUCAUCAUCCAUUCACAGCAAAAACGUAUUAUUUGAUCCUUUUAAACUGGUCCAGUUUACUGAUUCAUCACAGAAUGUAACACAAAAUGAAAGUCACCAAAGGGGUGUUGAAUGUCAAACAGCUCACAAAAGUGAGAAGCCAUUUUCAUGUUUACAAUGUGGGAAAUGUUUUUCUAUGAAACAAAAACUGGUUAGACAUCAAAGAACUCACACAGGGGAGAAGCCAUUUUCAUGUUCAGAAUGUGGGAAGUGUUUUUUUGAAAAAAAAGAUCUUAUUAGACAUAUAAGAAUUCACACAGGAGAGAAGCCAUAUUCAUGUUCAGAAUGUGGAAAAUGUUUUGUAAGCGUUUCUAAUCUUUAUGAACAUCAGUACACUCACAGAAGGGAGAAGCCGUUUUCAUGUUCAGAAUGUGGGAAAUGUUUUAACCAGAAAUCAGCUCUUGUUAAACAUAAAAGAAUUCACACAGAGGAGAAGCCAUUUUUAUGUUUAGAAUGUGGGAAAUGUUUUGCUCUAAAAAGAUAUUUGCUUACGCAUCAAACAACUCACACAGGGGUAAAGCCAUUCUCAUGUUUAGAAUGUGGAAAAUGUUUCAACCGUAAAUCGGACCUUGUUAAACAUCAAAGAACUCACACAGGGGAGAAGCCAUUUUUAUGUUUAGAAUGUGGGAAACGUUUUUCUGUAAAAAAAUGUCUGGUUUCACAUCAAAGAACGCACACAGGGGAGAAGCCAUAUUCAUGUUCAGAAUGUGAGAAAAGUUUUAACCAAAAAUCAGCUCUUGUUACACAUCGGCGAAUUCACACAGGGGAGAAGCCAUAUUCAUGUUCAGAAUGUGGGAAAUCUUUUCCACGGAAAUACCAUCUUGUUACACAUCAAAAAACUCACACAGGGGAGAAGCCAUAUUUAUGUUUAAAAUGUGGAAAAUCUUUUCCCAGGAAAUCACAUCUUGUUAGACAUCAAAAAAUUCACAAAAGAGAGAGGCCAUCUUCUUCCAACGAACCAAGACUUCAAAGCCCAGCCCUACUAUCAGAAGUUAAAGAUGUGCUUAAAGCCGAAGUAGCGAUUAUCCGAAAAGAUGUCCAGAAUAUAGGCUUUUGCCUCAACCAGCUGGAGAAAGAUCACAAUGCUGCUAGAUCAGUGGAGCAGAGUACAGAGGACAUUCCUACAGAUAACCGCCCAGAUGACUAUACCAAGAACUCACAGGGACAUCUUAUCUCUUCAGAUUUUAAGGUAGAUGAUGGUGGUAUCAUACAAGAUAUGUAUGAAGAACAUGCCAGUAUCCAAGAAAUAUCAUCAUCCAUUCACAGCAAAAACGUAUUAUUUGAUCCUUUUAAACUGGUCCAAUUUUCUGAUGCAUCACAGAAUGUAACACAAAAUGAAAGUCACCAAAGGGGUGUUGAAUGUCAAACAGCUCACAUAAGUGAGAAGCCAUUUUCAUGUUUACAAUGUGGGAAAUGUUUUUCUAUAAAACAAAAACUGGUUAGACAUCAAAGAACUCACACAGGGGAGAAACCAUUUUCAUGUUCAGAAUGUGGGAAGUGUUUUUUUGAAAAAAAAGAUCUUAUUAGACAUAUAAGAAUUCACACAGGAGAGAAGCCAUAUUCAUGUUCAGAAUGUGGAAAACGUUUUGUAAGCGUUUCUAAUCUUUAUGAACAUCAGUACACUCACAGAAGGGAGAAGCCGUUUUCAUGUUCAGAAUGUGGGAAAUGUUUUAGCCAGAAAUCGGCUCUUGUUAAACAUAAAAGAAUUCACACAGAGGAGAAGCCAUUUUUUUGUUCAGAAUGUGGGAAAUGUUUUGCUAUAAAAAGAUAUUUGCUUACGCAUCAAAGAACUCACACCGGGGUAAAGCCAUUCUCAUGUUUAGAAUGUGGAAAAUGUUUUAACCAUAAAUCAGACCUUGUUAAACAUCAAAGAACUCACACAGGGGAGAAGCCAUUUUUAUGUUUAGAAUGUGGGAAACAUUUUUCUGUAAAAAAAUGUCUGGUUACACAUCAAAGAACUCACACAGGGGAGAAGCCAUAUUCAUGUUCCGAAUGUGAGAAAAGUUUUAACCAGAAACCAGCUCUUGUUGCACAUCAGAGAAUUCACACAGGAGAGAAGCCAUAUUCAUGUUCAGAAUGCGGGAAAUCUUUUCCCCAGAAAUCCGCUCUUAUUAAACAUCAAAGAACUCACACAGGGGAGAAGCCAUAUUUAUGUUUAAAAUGUGGAAAAUGUUUUCCCCGGAAAUCACAUCUUGUUAGACAUCAAAAAAUUCACAAAAGAGAGACGCCAUCUUCUUGUUUAGCUAGUUCCUGACUGCCAUAUGUGUUUUACAAAGGUCACUAACUAGCUUUAUUUUAGUAGAUACCCUUUUUUAUGUUGGUGCGUCGAAAUAAAACAGCACCUUGCUUUUAGCUACCAGAGGUAGCUGAGGGCUUGGACCAAUAAUCGGGGGAUGCUAUGAGAGGUCCCUGAACACAAAUGAUCUCCUGUAUUGAAUGAAUACCAGUGAUCAACCGUAAAAUACAGUUAAAAGUGAAUCACCUUUCACUGAAAUUGUUCAUCAUAGUAUGGGGACUUCCCUUCAUUCCUGUAAAAGCCACAAAUACAGGGGCUUAUGGGACAGUCAAAAAAUAUCUGUGUGACACAUCAUAAAUUUUUCAGGGCGUAUCUCUCCGACUAGGUCCUUCAACCAUAACUGAUAAAGCAUAAAACAAGACCCUGAUAUAAAAAGAUAGCGAUCCACCCAUUACAGACUGCUACAUAUUAUAGAUUUCUCCUUUAUAAAGGGACAAUCGCAUUCCUCUGGUUCCAGAAGGUGAUUGAGCACCCUCCUGUUUGAUACCACUGCACCUCAGUAAUUACAUGAGUCUCAAGAGGCGUGAAAGCUCCCAGAGUGUUAUUUUCCUCCCCCAGUCCCCGCCACUACCUCCAGAAUAUAAUUUUGAAACAUGGAAGGAGGAGGGAUGCCCGAUUUAUGUAUUACCUUUGAAACAUACCACACAAUAAUUAUUAAUUUUAUGUAACAUUUAGGGGAUGCCAAAAAAUGGUUGUGGGGUGAGGAAAUCAAUUUACUCCUAAUUUUUUUGUCUGUUACUGGGAUGUCUGCUGCUAGGAUAACUAUAAUUGUAACAAAAAGGGUUGGCCGUGUGGAUUUGGGAGCCAAGUUACUCAUAUUUUCUGUUUAGUUUGUGUUGUUACUCGGUUCUCCAUUACUGGACUGUGCAUAAUUAUUAAUUUUAUUGAAGUUUUAGGGAACACCAAAAAGCAGGGGUCUUUUUAGGGAGUCAAUGUAUUCACAUUGUGAUUUUUUUAAUUUUUUUAUAUAUAAUUCUUGGACAAUUAGUUUUAGGACUUGAUCAGUUAAAGAGGUUAUCAGAGACAAUAAAAACCUCCCCAAAUGCCAGGCUCCUCACUUGGCAUAUACUUACCCCACUCCCUGUGC